AUAUGUCAAAGUGUCAACUGUAAAUUAGCCAACAAAAAGCAACGCAGGUUGCAAAUUUUUUUGAUUUUGGCAAAAUAGUUUAGCUAAUUAAUAAAUUUAAGCAAUAAUCCUCUAACACAGAUCUAAAAAGAACUUCGAUUGUUUAAAAUACAUUUUCUCAAAUUUGGUAUACCAGUACUUGAAGCAAGCGGCUUGAAUAAAGUGUGACAGAAAAUGUUCGGAACACCCAGUAUUGGUGGUGGAAGUACCUUUGGCACAACAGCAUCAACGACUACUCCAAACCCCAUGAAAGACUUUGAAGUUGUUUCGCCUCCUGAGGAUACAGUUUCGGCCCUGGAGUUCAGUCCUUCGACUUUGCAACAGAAUUUUCUUAUUGCCGGAAGCUGGGAUAGUAGUGUACGAUGUUGGGAAGUGGAGCAUACAGGCAAAACAGUACCUAAAUCAAUGAAGACACUUGGUGGCCCUGCAUUGGAUGUGUGCUGGUCUGACGAUGGUACAAAAGUUUUUAUGGCAUCAUGCGACAAGCAAGUCAAAUGUUGGGAUCUUGCUUCUGAUCAGGUUCUUCAAGUUGCGGCACACGAUGCUCCAGUUCAGACUUGCCAUUGGGUGAAAGGAUCGAGCUAUACAUGCCUCAUGACUGGAUCCUGGGAUAAAACCUUGAAGUUUUGGGACACUCGGUCUCCAAAUCCGAUGAUGGUUAUAAAUCUUCCAGAGCGCUGUUACUGUGCUGACGUUGAUUAUCCAAUGGCAGUAGUUGGUACAGCUGGACGCACACUGAUAGUCUACUCUCUCGACCAGAAACCAAGUGAAUUCAAACGACAAGAAAGUCCACUCAAGUAUCAACAUCGUACAAUCUCAAUCUUCAAAGACAAAAAGAAGGCUCCAACUGGCUACGCACUCGGAAGCAUUGAAGGACGUGUUGCUAUUCAAUACGUUAAUCCAGUAAAUCCAAAAGACAACUUCACCUUUAAAUGUCAUCGAAUGACCGGAACCGCUAGCUAUCAGGAUAUAUAUGCUGUUAACGAUAUUGCAUUCCAUCCGGUGCAUGGCACUCUUGUAACAGUAGGUUCUGAUGGAACGUUUAGCUUUUGGGAUAAGGAUGCCCGCACCAAACUAAAGUCGUCUGAAAUGAUGGACCAGUCCAUAACAAAGUGCGGAUUCAACUCAAACGGACAGAUUUUUGCCUAUGCAGUAGGCUAUGAUUGGUCAAAGGGUCACGAAUAUUUUAACCCUGCUAAGAAGCCAUCUAUAUUCCUACGACCGUGCUAUGAUGAACUAAAACCUCGUAUCAAUUGAAAAAUUCACAAAAGCAUUUGCUUCCUUUAUUUCUUUUAUUAAAUUAAACAUUUGUAUGUUCCAACUCUAA